AUGGACUUGGUCACGGGUGCGUUGGGCUUGCUCCCCUCCAAGCUGCUGGAGCUGCUCAAGGACGAGUACAAGCUCCAGAAGGACGUCAGGGUGAAAGUCCAGUCCCUCUCCCGGGAGCUCGAGUGCAUGCACGCCGCCCUCCGCAAGGUGGCGGCAGUGCCAUUGAACCAGCUCGACGACCAGGUCAAGAUAUGGGCACGCGAGGUUAGGGAGGCUUCCUAUGACAUGGAAGAUAUACUGGACAGCUUCCUCGUGCAUGUCGAUGGCCAUGACCAGGCUGAUCUGAGCAGACUCAAACGCGCCAUGAAGAAGAUGGGGGACCUGUUCAGCAAGGGCAAGGCUCGCCGUCAAAUUUCGUGCGCUAUCGAAGAUAUCACUAAGCAACUUCAGCAGAUGACAGAGCGGCAUGCCAGGUACAGGAUCGAUGAUCUUGUCGCCAAGCCUGCUGCCACAACAAGUAUUGACCCACGCCUCUCUGCUCUCUACACAAAAGUGUCACAGCUUGUUGGGAUCGAAGAGCCAAGGGAUAAGGUCAUAAAAAUGCUGACAUCAGUAGCGGAAGACAUGGACACGAAGAUAGUCUCUAUUGUUGGGCUUGGUGGGUUAGGCAAGACUACUCUUGCUAAAGCUGUGUAUGAGAAUCUUAGUCAGGAUGUCCGUUUCAAGGCUUUUGUUCCUGUUGGCCGGAAUCCAGACUUGAAAACAGUCUUAAAGGACAUUCUUAUUGAUCUGGACAAGAAGCGUUACACCACCGAAUUAAAUUUGACAAUAUUGAAUGAAAGGCAGCUAAUCGAUGAACUUCGAGAGUUCCUCAAGGAUAAUAGGUACUUCAUUGCUAUUGAUGACAUAUGGGAUGUACCAUCGUGGAACAUAAUAAGAUAUGCUCUGUAUGACAAUAGCUUGGGAAGCAAAAUAGUCAUAACUACCCGCAAGCAUGAUGUUGCCAUGAAAGUUGGUUGUUCUUAUGACAUGGAACCCCUUCCCUACGAGAGUUCUAAAGAAUUAUUCUAUGGGAGAAUAUUUGGCUCUGAACAGAAAUGUCCUAAAAAAUUUGUGGAAAUAUCUGAAGGCAUAAUUAAGAAAUGUGGAGGCGUGCCAUUAGCUAUCAUUACCACAUCAAGUUUUUUGGCAAAUAAGUUGGGAAAUAUAAAAGAGUGGUAUGAGUUUUGUGAGUCUAUUGGUUCCGGACUUGGAGGCAAUUCUGAUAUGGAAAACUUGAGAAAGAUAUUAUCUCUUAGCUAUUAUGAUCUACCAGCUCAUCUGAAGACAUGCUUAUUAUACUUAAAUGUAUUUCCAGAAGACUAUGAGAUUAACAGUGGGCGGCUGAUAUGGAGGUGGAUAGCUGAAGAUUUUGUUCCACCUGGAGAAGGGGACCAAAGUUUAUUUGAGCUUGGACAGAGUUACUUCUAUGAGCUUAUAAAUAGAAGCCUAAUCCAACUAGAAAAGGAUGAUGAGCCAGAGAAGAAAGUUUUGUUGCAACAAUAG